AAAGAGUCAAGAUGCAUAUAGAGUGGUUUACUCCUGUAAAUCUUGUGAUGGCGGUUAUGGGCGCCUUGCUGAGCGAACAAGUAUUGGUAUCCGGGCAACAACCUAACGAUCUUACCAUGGCGCCAAAAGUCUAUUACUUGCAUAUCAAGUCUGAUAUCCGGUACAGAUUUGCUACGACUGUAGUGACAAGUAAGAUUGCGAACCCUGACCUACAGGCACAUCAGACGACAUUCAAAGUCACUCUUCCCAAUGAAGCUUUCAUCACGAACUUCACUCUGACUGUGGGUAACCACACGUGGGUUGGAGAUGUGAAGAGGAAAGAGGAAGCACGACAGGAGUACGAAUCUGCUGUGUCCCAAGGCAGGUCGGCUGCACAUAUUUCUGUGAGACCAAGGGAGACAAAUAUGUUUAACAUCGAUGUAAACGUAGCUGCAGAACAAAAGGUGACAUUUGAACUACGUUAUCAGGAGCUGUUACAACGGAAACUGGGUUCCUACAACCACGUGAUUUACGUAAAACCUGGACAGCCCGUAGAUGACAUGCGUAUCGAUGUGGAUAUUUUUGAGUCUAGAGCGAUAACUAGCCUCAACGUCCCGCCAAUCAGAAAUGAUAUCCUCACCAACAUUGACGUUACUGCUGUUAAUACCCAUGCUGUUGUUGACCGCAUAUCUGAUCGUCGCGUUCACAUCAGAUACGCACCUUCCGUGAAAGAGCAAAUUUCAGAAGGCGAUUCCGAGGGUUUGGAUGGUCAAUUCAGAGUCACCUACGACGUGGAAAGGCAAAAAGACGGCGGUGACCUUCUGAUGGUAAAUGGCUACUUUGUUCACUUCUUUGCUCCGAAAGGUCUUGAACCGAGGCCUAAAGACAUCGUUUUUGUUCUCGACAAGAGUGGAUCCAUGGCAGGCCUAAAAAUCAAACAGCUGAAACAGGCAAUGGAAACUAUUCUGUCCCAGAUCGAUCCGGCAGAUACCUUCAACAUCGUCACAUUUGACAGCGGAAGAAAUAGGUGGAAAGCCGAAAACCUCGUUCCAGCAUCUGAAGCCAACAUCCAGGCGGCAGUGCAAUUCACCAGCGACAUAAGAGCAAACGGAGGAACAAAUAUCCAGGAUGCAAUGCUGUAUGGCCUGUCUCUGUUGGAAGAACGAUCGGACAGAAGCAGAUCAGCUCUUAUUAUCUUUCUUACGGACGGACAGCCAACUUCUGGUGAAACGAAUCCAUCUACGAUUUUAGAAAGAGUAUUGAGACGUAACGAAGACAGAGUACCUGUGUUUUCUUUGGCAUUUGGUAGAAAUGCUGAUUACAACUUGGUUAAAAAAUUAGCUGCACAGAACAAAGGUUUUGGCAGGAGGAUAUAUGAAGAUUCGGAUGCAAACCUUCAAAUUUCAAAUUUUUACUCAGAAGUAUCAUCUGUCCUGUUGAAAAACGUCACAUUUUCCUACCUCGAAGGAACCGUUGAAGAGGAAACUUUGAUAUGCGAUUUAACCAAUGUUUUACAUCGCGGAUCUGAGCUAGUGGUAUCAGGACGAAUGGUGAACGAGCAAUCAAAUGAUCUUCAACCUCAUGUAACGGGCAUAGGUGCCAAUGGAAUGAUAAGUCUUCAUGUUCCCGAUACUGCGCUCACCACACAACUGAAUAUCACACAGGACAAUGAUGCCAUAGCUAUUACAGAAAAAUUAUGGGCCUACCUUACUGUCAAGCAGUGGAUAAAGCAGAUGGAAGCAUCAACCGUUGAAAAUGAUCAAGAAAGCUGGAAAGAAAACAUAACUGAAAUGGCUUUAAAGUACAACUUCGUGACACCUUUGACCUCAAUGGUAGUUACCCUGCCUGAUGAAUUGCAAGUCUCUCCGAUAAAGGUUGAAGAAGAUGACAUGGACUCCCGACAUCAGCUCAGACCAUUUAGUCAGUUUUUUACUUCUUCAUCGAACAUUAAGAGGAUGCCUGUUAACCCAGAUCCUAUUCUGCCAGUUCUUGCCUACGAUGCACCAACGCUGGCAUUUCUUCCAAGAUCCAAACUAAUACCUUCAAGCACAUUACGACUAUCAACGAGAACGACUAAAAUUCCAACUCUUACAACACCAGCAGUCAAAUUUUCUACGAGAUCACCAGGCAGAAGAAAGCUUCGAAUAAGGACUAAAGCUGCGGAUUACACUCUGGUGGCAGUCAAAGGUGUCAGUUUGCCAUUGUGCUUUAGAAAUCCCGGUUACGACUCCGUAGAUGCAACAUCUUUGUACAAUUUAACAAAGGAUUAUACCACUGGUAUGUCAGUACGUGUGGGGUAUACAUUUCACGGAGCUGGUAAACGCAGGCGUUCACGUAUCAACCGUAUAAUCUUCAUUACGAAGAAUGCAACGACCAAAAUCAUUCCCGGCUUCAGUGUUGAGAAUGGUGUGCGUAAGCAAGCACCCGUCUAUUCCGUGUAUGGACAGGAUGGACCCAAUCUCAAAUGGGAAGUGAUAAACAAAAACAACAGGCUUUCACUUCUAGCAGAUUUCACUAGAAAUAAUCAACGCAACAUUGAAGGAUCACUGGUGAUACCAAUACAGGGGACUAUACGGUUUAAACGAAAUAAAUGGAAAGGAAAACUGUUUUUACAAGUAAAAGCAAGAACGGGGAUAAAAGUGAAAAAGUCUCGUGUUAAAUUCAGCAAGUCUAUGGAAUGUUGGGUCACCAAGAAAAAAGUGAUGCUGAACAUUUAAAAAAAAUGUGAAUUUUUUUGCUGAGUUUUAGUACUACUCACUGUUAAUGGAUGAAAUACAUAUUCCUAUAUUUCUGUGAUCAAAAUUGUGAAAAAAGGAAUAUAUGCAGUUUUGAUUGACAUACAAAUACAUUUUUAGAAUGAUUCUUCAAUACGUAGAAACUAAAUGUUCUUAGUUUGAAUGUGUUCAACUGUUAGCAUUACCUUAAGAUUCAACAUGUGGCUUUCUGUUAAUAUCGAUGUUUCCCUAUUUCAUUAUGUUGCUGGGUUUUUUUUUUUUUUUUUUUUUUUUUAUCAUUUUGAUACCUUUUAAAUUUUCUAUAUAUCUAUAUUUUGUUUGUUCCAUAUAUGUUUUUUACUGUUUUUUGCAAUAGAUUAUAUUUAUUAGGGCUAUCUAUGAAUAUUCUAUCAUUGUUGAUAAAUGUUUGGUUAGCAUGACCCUUCUUAUGUAAGUGUUAAAACAAAUUCACCUCAAUGUAAAUUUCAAAUUUGUUUUCUUUUUAUAUCAUACUUAUUUUGAUGUUUGAAUGCAUCAUGACCAUGAUGAUAUAAGAUUUAUUGUUGUAUUUCUAAUAUUGCAAUUUGCAAACAAACCAUGUGUGUGUCCUAUUGAUGAGUUUAUUGAUUUUCUUAAUCGAUACUGAUGAGUGUUUAUGAGUAUACCAAAUCUGAUAUGAAAGGUGUUUAUAUAUUAAUUAUGCAAUCCCUGCUUGAAAUUAUUGAAUUGAGAAAUUUUAGCAUUGAUUUCACUCUAUUUUUAGUCACAGAGUGUUUAUAUAUAUACUCAAAGUGAACAUAACGUAAUCCACUUUAUCCGCGACAAAUACUCGAAACGACAAUUCCAUAAAUCAUUAUGAAAUAAUUAAUACUGAUUUAGACAUUCAGUUAUAUAUAUAUUCAAAAUAUGAAAUUGAAACAGAUUCUGAUGUUUAAAAAUGAGUCUUACACUCUGCCGAUUAAUUAUAGAUUUGAAUAUUAGUGUGUUUCAUCGAUUUGACUUCUAUUAUAUCAUCAAAUAAAAGAUUCGUUUAUCAUAUUGAUUCUUUAAA